AUGGACGAAAUAUUGCUUUUCAUUUUUUUCGCUUUAACUACAGGCUUUUUUAUGUAUAUGUUAGUUUGCACAGAUUCUAAUUCCAAAACUCCUAUGGGAAUGAUUAGAAGGAAAGUAUAUGAUAAUGGCUUUUCUAUUUUAAAGUAUAAUAUAUUUAGACUCAUUAAAAAGAUAAUUAUUUGGUAAUAAAAUAUUUAAGAAGUUUUCAGAUUUAUACAAUUAUGUUUUCUACACAAACAAUCGACUAGGAUAAAUUGCAUAUUUUUUUAUAUUUUGAAUAGCAUUUGUAUUUUAUAUUAUGUUGGAUUACUAAAACAUUUUGGAGAUACUCCUUAUGUAAGUCAUAUGAAUACUGUUUGUGGAAGUCUAGUAUUUUUAUAUAAAACAUGCACAACUAGUCCAGGAAUAGUAAAUAAAGAAAAUAAUAAAUGA